AUGGGUUGCACGAGCGCCAUUGUCUUCACCUGCUUCGGCGCCGCCUAUGGCACAGCGAAGUCAGGCGUCGGCAUCUCUGCCAUGGGUGUCCUGCGUCCUCAGGUCAAAAAUAUCGUUCCUGUCAUUAUGGCUGGUAUCAUUGGUAUUUACGGCCUCGUCGUGUCCGUCCUGAUUUCCGACAACCUCACGCAAGAGCUUCCCCUCUUUACAUCGUUCAUCCAGCUCGGCGCUGGUCUGAGUGUCGGUCUCUCUGGUUUGGCCGCUGGGUUCGCCAUUGGCAUCGUUGGAGACGCUGGCGUGCGUGGUACUGCACAGCAGCCGAGACUUUUCGUCGGAAUGAUUCUUAUUCUCAUUUUCGCCGAAGUCUUGGGUCUUUAUGGCCUCAUUGUCGCGCUGCUCAUGAACUCCAAGGCACAGACCGACGUUAAGUGCUAA